AUUUUAGUCAUGGGGUGGGCUUAACCAAAGAACACAUGUAGACACCGUCCCUGCCCCUCAGACCCUCAAGGUUUGUGGUUGAUAUGUUAAGCUCUCUAAAUGGAUUUCCAAAGGAGGACCACAAAUUUUUUUUUCUGUAGUUUUAUUGUAUGCAUUUUUUAAAAGCUCCAAAAUUUUAAUUUUUAAUUUUUUUUUUUUUUUAGUUUCAGGGGUAGAAUUUAAUGAUUCAUCAGUGGCAUGUAAAACCCAGUACCCUCCUUAAUGCCCAUCACCCAGUUACCCCAUCCCCCCCCACCUCCCCUCCAGCAACCCUGUUUGUUUCCUAUAGUUAAGAAUCUCUUAGGGUUUCCCUCCCUCUCUGUUUUUAUGAAAUCUUGCCAUUUGCAAUGACGUGGAUGGAACUAGAGGGUACUACGCCAAGAGAAAUAAGUCCGAGAGAGACAAAUACUGUAUGAUUUCACGAAUAUGGGGAAUUUAAGAAACAAAAGAGAUGAACAUAGGGGAAGGGAAGGAAAAAUAAGAUAAAAGCAGGGAGGACCACAGGUUCUUAAAUUGGUCUGGGCAGUAUCUCCCCAGUGUCCUGGAAGUAGCUGUCACGUGUUGGCUGCAGCUAGUCAUCUGAAUGUUUGACCAGGGCUUAAAGGAUCUGCUUCCAAGAUGGCUUUGAGCAUCAUAGAGCUUUGAACAGGAGGCCUCAGUUCCUCGGUGGAUGUUGGAAAAGGUCUGAGUUCCUCACCACGUGGGUUCCUCUACAGGACUACCUGAGGGCCUUCAUGCCACGGCGGCUGCCUUCCCUCAGAGCAAGUGGCCAGAGAGGAGAGCGCAAGCAGGAAGCCACAGGGCCUUCUGUGACCCAGUCUCUGAAAUGACCAUCCCUUCUGCUUUCUUCUCUUCCUUAGGAGUCACUAAGUUUCUGGGGAGGGGCAUUAGGUUCCACCUCUUGCAAGGAGUACCAGAGAACUUGUGGAUGGAUCUUCAAAAAACCACCAUACCUACUAACAGCUUGGGAGAAUGAUUCGGUUCAGUCGACCUUUGUAGAUGUGUACUGACCAUUCUACCUGCUAGAGGCUGUCCUCGAGAUCCCACUGGGUUGCCUAAAGUUUACCCAGGUGCCGAUCAGCUGCUGCCAUGUCAGUGGCGACAAGGGAUACAACAGCAUCAAGGGAGUGCUGUAACCACUAUGGAUUGGUUGGAGCCAGACGUAGAAGUGCAGUGCUUUCUCUGCAAAAUCAGCAGGAACAAUGAAUUCUACUUUCUCAGGAUCCUGCUCCUUCCACGAGGAAGACAGUAUGACUAAAUUCCAGGAAGCUGUGACCUUCAAGGACGUGGCGGUGGUCUUCACGGAGGAAGAGCUAGCUCUACUGGACAAGGCCCAGAUAAACCUGUACCAGGAUGUGAUGCUGGAGAACUUCAGGAACCUUGUCUCAGUGGGAGACAGGAUUAAAAACAACAUUUCACAUCUUCAGGGAAAAGGGUUGAGUUAUCUCUCUCAAGAAGUGCUCUACUGCUGGCAGAUUUGGAAACAAAGGAUCAGUGAAUUAACUGUGAGUCAGGAGUAUGUCAUGAAUCUUCAAGGAAAUUAUCCCCAGCAUUUAGAAGGAGAUGUUUCUCUCUGUGAAGAGUGGGCAGGAGUGUCUCUUCAGAUUUCUGAAAAUGAAAACUAUGUAAUAAAUGCCAUUAAUUUAGAAAAUCAAGAUGGCACAGAAGGGAAAGGCCUGACACGAGUCUUUACCCCAGAAUCUUGGAAGGGAGCCAACAUGAUGACUGAGCCCCAGAAUUCUCAAGGACAAUAUGAGAGAAUUCAUGUGGAAGAGAAACUGUAUGGAUGUGCUCAGUGUGAUGACAUCAGUCAGACAUCAUGUGAUCAUGGUGAUUCCCAAGAAUGUAAAGAAGAGGAACCUUGUAGAUACACUGACUGUGGGAAACACUUGGCUAUGAAAUCAACAGCCAAACAACAUAACGUGGCUCCUGUGGUACCACAACCUGUCAAAUGUAAUAACUAUGGUGUGGGCUUCAUAGAUGGUGCAGACCCUCCUGUUCAUCACAGUGCUCACAUAGAAAAGUCUUGUAGAUGUGACCAGUGUGGAAAGGACUUUAGUCAGAGCUCAGAUCUUAUUGUUCACUAUAAAGCUCAUUCAGAUGACAAAGCUUAUGAAUAUCAAGAGUGGGCAGAGGGCUGCAAGCAGAGCCCAGACCUUCCCAGAUAUCAAAAGGUCCCCUUGGGAGACAAACCCUAUAAAUGUCUCGAAUGUGGCAAGGUCUUCAGGCGCAACUCCUCUCUUCACAACCAUCACCGGGUCCACACAGGGGAGAUGCCCUAUAGAUGUGAUGUGUGUGGGAAAGGGUUCGGAUUUAGGUCACUUCUUUGUAUUCAUCAGGGAGUCCACACAGGGAAAAAGCCCUAUAAAUGUGAGGAGUGUGGGAAGGGCUUUGAUCAGAGCUCCAAUCUUCUUGUCCACCAGAGAGUCCACACUGGAGAGAAGCCCUACAAAUGCAGUGAGUGUGGCAAAUGCUUCAGUUCAAGCUCUGUUCUUCAAGUCCACCGGAGGCUGCACACAGGGGAGAAGCCUUACAGGUGCGGUGAUAGAGGCUUACUCAGUCAUUGGGAGGGCUGGGGCAGCAAAGGACAAGGACGCUGCCACCCAUCAUGUCAUCCUGCAGCUCUGAAGCAAGGGUUCUUAAGAGCAUUCCAGGGACCUACUGUGGAUCUCAAGAACUUCUUCAAAACUCCCAUCAACUGUCAUAUGCUGCUGUGGCAAAGUAGUGAUAAUUGACAGAUGGACGGUUUGUGGCAAUGACAAUAAUUGGAGAUCAAAUUUCCGUGAAUGGAUCUGCCCAGGAAGGAAAUUAUAAUUGAGAUGGGUACAAGUGAGGACUUAAGGCCAGUCAAAAUCUGUAGAUUUUUUAAAGAGAGUACCCACUAGAAAGAUAUUCAAAAGAGUGCUCAGAAAUGAAACCCAUGUUAUUAGUGUGGUAAGAAUGUUAGUCCAUUCUCAGGUUUUCAAAUCCAUUAGAUUUUCUACACAGGGAGAAGCUCUAUAAAAGUGAUAUUUUACGGGCAUGGCUGUGUGUUUAUCUCGGUGGUUCUAUUUCUCGGAUCCCAUAGAGACUCCCAUUUCCCAGAAACCCUUGCAGUUAAGAGCUGGUCCAUGUGAUAGAGUGCCAAGCAACAGAGUAUGAGCAAAAGUAAUAUAAGCUACUUCCAGACCUGGCCCUUAGAAACAUCUUGUGAUGUCCUCUGGCCAUCUUUCCUGUCAUGGUGACCUUGGAGGCUGGAUUGAUAAAAGGUGGCUAUCUGACCUGUGCUGGACGUUGUUUUUCUUGAGUAAGAAAUAAACAUUUAUUGUGUUAUACUACUGAUAUUUUGGCAGUUUAUUUGUUGCUAGUAUUGCCCAGGCUAUGCCAACUAUGACAGAGGGAUUUAACAGCAACAUAUUUCACGGUCAUUGGAGUUCACAGAAGAAAGCAACUUUAUAAUUGAGUUCAAAACUUGUAAGUCGUUAAGGCUAUAUGUGGCAGUGCAGCUGUCUAAAAUGGUGUGGCUAGGACUUCUUCAGUGAGAAUCUUCAUUCAUUGGUCUGUGCAUAAAAAAGAAAUGUUCCAGAUAAUGCACAGGUGGUAGAACUGUAGCAAAAGUGCAAUCUGUAGACAUAAAUCCCGUGCAAUAGAAAACUCUGUAAGGUGUAAUAAUGGGAAAAGUUUGUCAAUAAGAAAUUAACUAGACUAGAUGUCCUGCAGGUAGUCUUAAUAAAGUGAAUUAAGUAAAACUAAUAUUUAAUGAAGUGGCUAACAACUUACAGAAGAUCAAGAGUGUUCAUCGUCAGAAGCUGGCAGCACCACUUCUCAACAAUCUUUAAUAAAAAUGGGGUUUUAUUUUUUUUAUUUUUUAAAAGAUUUUAUUUAUUUGAGAGAGAGAGAGAGAGAACACAUGAGAGGGGGAAGGGUCAGAUGGAGAAGGAGACUCCACACUAAGCAGGGAGCCCAGUGCGGGACUCGAUCCUGGGACUCCAGGAUCAUGGCCUGAGCCGAAGGCAGUCGCCCACCCAACUGAACCACCCAGGCACCCCUAUAAAAAUGGGGUUUGAGAAGGUGCUCAUUUUGUCAAGUUCCUUCCAUAAUUGUGAUUUAAUUUGGGAUUAUAGAUGGUUUUGGGAGGAGGAGAUAUAUCCACAGUAUCUUUUUUCAUCUUCACAAAUAAUGUCUUUUGUUGGUAUCUUAGUUGACCUAUAGGUUUCUUCAUUUGGAUCAUCUUUUCUUCCUAGUUUUUCUUACAUUAUGAUUUCCUAUGAGUUAUGGUUUAUAUAUGGAACAGCCAUUCAAAAUCAAAUAAAACCAUCCCUAAAAUGUUGCUUUCUUACUGAUCCAGGUGAGCAACAGUGAAACAUUAAUAAAACCCAGUGUCAGUAAGGGAAUGGAAAAACCAGCGGUUGGUGGGAAAAAAAUACAGGUGCAACAUUUCUGGAGAGGAAUUUGUCUAUAUGUAUCAAAGCGUAUAAAGUGCAUUAUCUUUGAAUUAAUAAUUCCACUCCUCAGAAUUUAUCUUUACAGUAUAAUUGCACAAGUGGGGAAAGAUGGGUUUCAGAAGGGAAUAUAUUCCAAGAAUAUUUACAAUAAUAAAAGUUGUAAACAACCUGAAGAUACGUAAAAGAUUGAAUAAAUUAUGGUACUUACAAAAAAUGAAACAAAAUAUCACCAUUAAAAAUGAUGUAAAAAUUUCCACAUACAGUUUGGAGAAAAAAAUCACGUUGUAAAAGAUCAUUACGGAUGACCCCUGACUUGAUACCCAAGUUUUACAGCACAGAGUAGUACUGGGAGUGGUCCCCUCCACCACUCUACGCUUCACUUUUCAGUGUUGUUUCAAGGGUUGUUUGGACUGUUUAAUCCAAGUGAGGAUAUGCAUAAUGCAGGAAAUGCUUUCCCAAAAUUAUUUUCCUUUCUCUAUAUUCAGAUGCUUGUGAUAACAAUUUUGUCACUAGACAUUCACCAAUCCUUAAUAUGAUGUUUUUCCCUAAUGGGUUGUGAGUAGAGCUCAUGGUGGAGAGGGUAGGUUGUUUGGAGAAAGCAAGUCCUGGUGGAAGAUUGUGAGGUUUUGCUUUAGAAAGUUGCUGCCAGAGAUGGAAGGCAAUGGGCUUGACCUAUCACCAGGUGGCUGCUGUAAUAUAGUUCCUUGCAUGGGCAAUUACUGUAAAUGGACUGUGGGAAAGCCAGCUGUCCUCUUACUACGUGGCCUUCCUUUGUGUUUCUGUGCUGAUUAUUCCAUGUUUUACAAUCCUUGGCUUACUGACCCUCAUCUUGUAUGUCUUCCUAUGUAACCCAACUUUUACAGACCAGUAGCUAGGACUUUGGAAGUGGCAAUGAUUGCAGUUCAGUCUAGGGGCAAGUUACUGCCUUUAAGUUCCAAAUUCACCCUUUGGUACAUACUCUAUAAUAAUGAAAGACAUUUCUUUGAGCAUUUCUCCUUUGCAGUAAACACAAUGUUAAGCUUUCUCAGCAGAGGGUGUUUGAGGGAGAUUGCAGGAGGGAGGGAUCUCCUGAUGUCUGUAGCAGCUGCAUGACUGGUCAGCAGUGUGGAAGUGAGGACAUCUGGUCCUACUCUGCACUAGCCAAACAUCCAGAAUGCACAGUCCCUUGAUGAUCCUGCAGCUCUAGCCUGUUGAUCACAUUCCCAUGGACCUCUGGAUGUGGACCCUGCACAUUCUAGGACUUCUACCCACAGGCACACCCAUUCCCUUUGCACAUCCGUACCUGGCCACUGACUGUGGCUCAACUGUUCCCCAAAUGGAUGACAUCUGCACCCUUCCUCAUUCUGCAUGCCCAUGCAUCCCAACACCCAUUACAACUUGCCUACAAACCACCCACACCCUAGAAUGUUGCUUCCCACUUGACCAGCAACCAGGGACCACCUCUGACUCAGGCAAAACAGAAAACUUCUUUGCCAUCCAGUAGGCUACGGCUGUAUUUUCUUCAUAAAGUCUGAUGUUUGUCCAAGUUUGUCUUUCCUUGGAUACUCUCAGUAUUGUACCACAUAGGGUUUUAAAAUGUUGUACAAUUACUUUUUUUAAAGUUUAAUAAUUUGUAUAUUAAAUUUCCAUUUUAAUCACUGUGUGGUUUCUGUCUCCUUAUUGGACCCAGACUGAUCAGGUGGCAACUGUAAUUGCUGUUUCAAUGGGA